AACUAUUAGGAAGUAUAAUUAAAUUAGGAUACUUCUUUCCUUUCCUACUAGGAUUAUUCUUUCCUUUCCUACUUGUACUUUGAUUACUCUUGUAUUCCCUAUAUAUAGGGCCAUAUCUCUCAAUAUUCAAUAAGACAAGUUAUUAUCAAAUUGUAUCAUGGUAUCAGAGCUAAAGCUCUCAAAAACCUAGCCUCUCUUUUUUUCCGACCGCCGCCCACCAUGGCAGCCCCGUCGGAUCCUUUGGCGUCCUUACCCUCCAGAGUAAAACUUUUGCUUCGGAGUCUCCACAACUUAAUCCCAGAAAAACUCACUGAAACAAAUUAUCCGGCAUGGUCUCUCAAUGUCCAGACAGCUCUUUCAGCUAAUCUCCUCCUUGGAUGGAUUGAUGGUCAUGAAGCAGCCCCGGCGCCAACUAUCUCCAAAAAUGAUAAAACCGUCCCUAAUCCAGAGUAUACCUCCUGGACCAUCGUUGACACACAAAUCCGCGCCUGCCUCCUAGCGGUCAUCAGCCCCUCCGUUCACAAACAUGCUCGCGGCUUCACCACAUUUGCUGCCCUCUGGGAUGCUUUGGCCGCACGGUACAACUCCGUGUCCACCGCUCAUGUUUAUCAGCUUCGUGACAAACUCCACACUCUUCGUAAAGGUACCAAAACUAUGACACAAUACCUUGAUGAUGUGGCAACUAUUCUCUCGGAUCUCGAUGCCUUGAAAGAAGAGAUCCCUGAACGUGAUGUGGUGAAUGCUGUUAUUCGUGGUCUUCCCACCGAAUACUCAUCCUUUAAGCAAAACAUUCGCAUGAACAAUACCAAUAUUUCAUUAAAUCAGCUUUCUGGAUGGCUGAUCUCCGAAGAAAUAAACCUGGAGAUAGAGAAUAAACUCAGCCUCACCGAGUCUACCAUCACCGAACCUCGCACAGCACUUCUCGCUACGAACGGUCGAGGUUUUGUCCAUACUCCUAAUGGUAAAUACCACCUUUCUACUCUUCAUUAUGUCCCUUCCCUUACCUCCAAUCUAUUGUCUGUCCAUUGAUUUACCAAAGAUAACAACUGCACUCUUGUUUUCAAUGCCAAUGAUUUCCAAAUAGUGGACAAUCCUACCAACCAGGUGCGGUACAAGGGCCUCUGUGAGCAUGGGUUAUACACACUUCCUUCCAAACUCCCAACCGUUGCGUAUCAAGCUAUCCAAGAGUCCACUUGGCAUCGUAGACUCGGUCAUCCAGCUCCUGCGAUUGCCAAAUCUAUUUUGUCUUCCUUAGGUUUUCAGUUUUCAGAGCCUUUACAUUGUGAAUCAUGUUAUGUCUCUAAGUCCUGUCGUUUACCUUUUGAAUUGUCUGAACAUAAGGCCACAGCGCCCUUUCAAUUAAUACAUUCUGAUGUUUGGG